AACCUCUAGCAUGUUUCUAUAUUAAGUUUUAGCUCAAAAGUAAACAAAGAUACAAAAUAUUAAUUAUCUCUUAAAAUACAGCAUAUAUCCAGUAAAGUAAAGUAUAGAUGACAAUGUCAAAGCAAGUGGGUAAUCUGGAAGAUGAAGCUUUUAAGCGAAAGGAGAGAUUGAAGAAUUUAAAGAGGAAAUUUGACGAUUCAAAGAAUGAGGAUAAACAAAAUGAUUCAGAAAUUGCAAAAAUCGAGAUUCCAAAACCAAUAUUCAGAAAUUAUAAGAAUGACGAGGAAAAAUCCACAAUCCCUGAAACUGCUAAUAUUGUUGAAAUCACUGAAGUUGCAGGAGUUAAGGAACAACUAGAAGAAAUGAAGACCCCAUUGGAAAUUACUGACAUCGAUGUAUCAAAUCUAGCUCCUCGAAAAGUAGACUUUGAUCUGAAGCGAGCUAUAGCAAAGAAGCUUCAUAGACUUGAAAUCCGUACACAAAAGGCGAUCAGUGAAUUAAUUAGAGAAAGGCUCAAAAACCAGAACGAGGAGAAUGAUCUGGCAAUGAAUGUUAAUGUUGGAGCACUGGAAACACAAGCUGCAAAAGAUGUAGAUUCAGAUUAAUUUAAUAAAAUGUAAAAUCUUAUAACGUAUUUUUGAAAUUCAA